GGAGCAGCUGCUACUUCCCGAAGGGUGGGCUUUUUCCUCCUCCGAGGCAGACGUCAUCUUCACAAGACCUGGGUCAGCUUUAGUUUUUUUUCCCCCCACCAAUUGUACGAUUUCAUAUUUUUAUACUGGAAACGAGGAUCACUGAUAACGCUCUCGGUCCGGACAAAGUGGAAUAUAAUCGGAAUAUAUUUCGAAUAAACAGCCCGUUAAUUUUGUAGAAGUUUUUGGUUCGUAAAUGUGAGCGUCUAUUAGAAAGUUGUUAUUAAAAUUGCUAGUGCCCCGUCGAUCGUACUAACCACUCCUCAAAAUGAUGGACAGCGUCAAGGUAAAUGGAAAUCCUUUUGUCAGCGUUAAGGAAAGUCUCCGAUUGCCUUUAAAGCAGACGAAUGUGGAAACUGAAACAUCGCAAUAGCAAAUCCAUACCUGGGAGGCGACCCGUCGUCCUUCAAGGAAAAAACACACGAAGAUCUUCUGUUUUUUCUGUUUUGUUUUAUUGCCUGACUACUGUCUCAGGCGGUGGCCAUUUCUGUCCAUCGUCCAAAAAAAGAAAGAAAAUAUGACGGAAAAAGUAAAGAAGUACAUUUUUUACGUGAACUAGACUGUGUGGUUACCUGUCGUGUCUGUGGGAGUCGGUGCUUUUUAAACGUUAUAAGCGGCGAAUGGACACUUGUCUGCAAUCUGCAUUUUUUUGAAGUUUGAGCGACGCUUGUUGACACGGGAUGAUUUUGCCUAUAUAAAAUCGAUUUAAAAAGGCUGUAAUAUCCUGAAUACCAUAGACUGCAUUUGUGUGCACGGAUGUUUAAACGAUGAAAACACGCCGCUUGGCAGCUCCUUUAAACUGUAGGCUGUGGACUUCGCCGAGAAAUAUAAAUUUGUGUUUUUCGUAGAUCGAGGGGCUUCGCGUGCAGGGCUAUGGGACGCUAGUGCACGGGUCCGAGCACAGACGAGGCGGGGUGUGUGUGUGCUGCUGUCUGCUUUGAACAGUUCAGUGUUUUUGAGACAUGGCAGCGGCUAUCGCCAGCGGUUUAAUCCGGCAAAAGAGACAAGCUCGGGAGCAGAAUAUUAACCGGCCCUCCACCCAUAGGAGGAGGAAAAGCCCCAGUAAGAACAAGGGUCUCUGCAACGGGAACCUAGUCGACAUCUUCUCCAAAGUGAGAAUCUUCGGCCUCAGGAAGAGAAGACUACGGAGACAAGAUCCCCAGCUCAAGGGAAUAGUGACCAGGUUAUACUGCAGACAGGGAUACUACUUGCAAAUGAAUCCAGAUGGAUCUCUGGACGGGACCAAGGAUGACAGCACUAAUUCUUCUUUGUUCAACCUCAUCCCUGUUGGCCUUCGAGUUGUCGCCAUACAGUCCGUGAAGACAGGGUUAUACAUUGCCAUGAAUGGGGAAGGUCAUCUCUACACGUCGGAACUCUUUACAGCAGAGUGCAAGUUCAAAGAGUCGGUAUUUGAAAACUACUACGUGAUCUACUCCUCCAUGUUGUACAGACAACAGGAGUCUGGCAGAGCUUGGUUCCUGGGCCUUAAUAAGGAAGGCCAAGCAAUGAAGGGAAAUCGGGUGAAGAAAACCAAACCAGCUGCUCACUUCCUGCCUAAGCCAUUAGAAGUUGCCAUGUACAGGGAACCAUCUUUGCAUGAUGUCGGAGAGACCGCCUCAAAGGCUGCGCUUCGGCGCAGCAAAAGCACAAGUGAGCCAGUGGUAAUGAAUGGCGGGAAACCAGUCAGCAAGCCGGCCAAGACGACAUAGCCAGACCUGCGGGGCCGGGCUCUCUCCCCGCUAGGCUCCAGCAUGCUCAUCUGCGGGUCGGGCUCAGGCCGUUCCACCUCCUUGCUCUUUCUCCGUAGUCUCGUCACUGGUGGAUUCACCUGGAAGUUUGGCCAGGGCGCUAGGAGGAGAUGCCUGGACAGUCGGCCACACCCCGCCAUGGAUUAUCCUACCAGAUAUGGAAUGCCUUUUUAAUCUUUUCUGUAACUGUGACAAUCCAUGAAAAUGAUAUAAUUCAAAGUCUCACACAGUACCUUGCCUGCUGGUGGUCACUCCUGAGUCCCCAUUCGAACCCUGUCCCAGCAGAUUCCAUUGAAUUCAGAUCUAUUUUCUAUACCACAGUACACCAGCUGUGUUCUGGAUAGAUGCUGUACAGAUAUACUUAAAAUGGACUGUCAUCUAUUUUUUACAAAUAUGUUCCCUCCUCUUUCUCUUUCUAUCUCUCUUCUAUCAAUCUUUCUCUUUGUCAAAUACUUUGAGAAUUUUGCAGGGGCUAUGUGCGAUUUUCUAAUACACAGACGCACACACAGACGCACACACACACACACAUACGCGCGCGCCCACAAACACUGAUAUUACAUUACAAAUAAUACACCACAGGUGGCCUGGGUUUGUAGGAGCUUUUAGGAUGGCGGUCCUAAAAUUUUGGGAUGGAAAAGUCACAUUGGCUGCUACACCAAGGGAAUAGAAGCGGCGUACCAACCUCAGUGUGAACUUUUAUUUCCUGGUAAAAAAAAAACACACAUACACACACACACUGAGGGCCAGCAGAUCCCUCCAGUGACUGGCAAUAGCAGAGCGCUGAUUGUGAGCACGGCUGUCAGCGAAGGAUGGGUUCUUCACACGCGAAGUACACAUAUCACACUCUGACUCCACCUGUGGUGACGUUUGCCUCGUCUGGUAAAUAGGAACCUGAUUUCUAUUUUCCGUUUAGUUUUACUUUAGAGCGUGGCUCUAGGAAUACCUAUAGGCCUUGUAGGCCUUCUGCAGAGGUUCGAUGCCUCUUACAAUAGUUCCUCUGGACCGUGGACUGGGGGGAGACCUGACAUGUCAUGUGAUCGGCAGUCGUUGUGGAAUGCCUUCUUCAAAGUGGAAAACAGCUGAAUAUAAGCAGAUGCUGUUACCGGCCGCUUACCCUUUCUGUUUGCCGAUACAUUAGGGCUUAGCGCUGUGUUUCCUUCUUGCAGCAGCAGUGCAGGAGUUAGGUUAUGAUUAAAAUGUGUUCACUGUAUGAAGCAAGAGAAAUGUGAUUUUGUUUUUGUUUUUUGUUUCUGUUUUUUUUUUUACCAACCAGAAAUGAUUAUGUGUGUGAGGUGAGAUUCCUAGCUCAGCAUGCAGAGUCCAUACUGCCCAUAUUGACCUGUCAUGUGCCUGUGAAGACCUCUAACCCAGCAUGCAAAAACAUGUACCCAGCCAUUGCUGGGUUAAAGGUGCCUCGUCAUUCAUUCAUGUUCAGCAGGAAACUAGUAGCAUUUUCACUUAAGUAUAGUUUUUUUUUUCAAUCCACUUUGCAGAAAUCGAACAUUAAAUUACCAAAGUGUUUGACCUUGACGUUAAAUAAAUUAAUGAUAGUAAUCAUAUACACAGCAACAACAUCCAUAACUUGUAUCUUUCUUUGUUCUUCGUUUUCACUGUGACGAUACAUUAGCAACUUAUAAGACAUAUAUAAAAGAUAACCAACCAGAUAACCUGCAUUUUGGCCUUUACAUUAACGUAUCGGCACUAUAGCAUAUACCGAGUUUAGCUACCGAUCAUUUUAAUAGCCUAAACAAUAUAUAACAAAAUAAAAAUAACCAGAUGCAUGCUAGUGCUAAAAUGACCAAAGUAAGCGAGGAUGAGGGCAGAGUGUCGUUCUGUCAGAUUGGCAUUAAGUUCCAAAUUAAAUCAGCUCGCCGCUGUACAAACGUAAACUCGUUCAUUGCGCACGUGUUCUCAGUUAUCAUUUGAACGUCUUUUCACUUUUAUCGAGGAUUAUCUGAAUGAGUCAGCAGAUUAACAUAAAACAUGUGUUGCUUUAAUGGUUUCCAUAAUAGUUUUAUUAAAUAACAGUUAGGAUGUUGUUAUAAAAGUAGACUGAAGGAAUACAGCUAAACUGCAAAUAUAUUAAGGGAUUAAUUUGAAUAUUUUUAAUUUUUGGACCUUAUUAGAACAUUAAGCUAGGAGCCAGUUAAGCACAUUAUGUAUAAUUCAAUAUGUCUGUACAAAGCUACUUUAAUGCUAUUAUACAAUGCAGUACGAUUCAUAAAGGGGUUUAAUGUUUUAAUUUUAUCUAGGGCUGAUGUGCACUGUCUACAUGUUUCAAGUGAUUAUUUUAAACAUUGAACUCUACAUGCUGGGCUAUACUUGCCCUGCAGACCAGAGGACAGGUGAAAGAAGGGUUAUUUAUUUUUGUAAUAUUUGUUGCCUAAUCGUGUGUCUAGGUAGUGUCUUCUGUAAUGGGGUUUAAUGCGUGAAGGUCUUUUAAUGCAUAAUAUUACCUUUUUUUCCAGCAUAAUCGAACAUCGCAAAAAAGGGUCCUUGUUAUCUGUUCCUUGGGUUUUAUUUCAAAAUCAGUCUUGUCUCAUCUGUUGCAUGGAAAGAGGAUGGCACUGAUGAAAUGCAUGUGGUAGGGUAUAUGUAUCAAGAACUGUUGGUAUGUACCGCUAACUUUACAUACAUAUAUGCAAACAGUUUGUCUGCACUGUACAGUUUGUGUUCAUUGUAUACACUGAUACAACAUAUUGAAUAAAAUAUUUAUAUAAAGCUGUUAUAUCAAAAACAAAUGGAAUUACAUACAAAGUGUGGUACAUUAUUGCUCUGCUUAUUUGAGUACAUCAAUAAACGGAGGGUGACACAGCCUAGAAAGCACUGAAGGCUUAACAAAAUCUUUAAUAUUUAUGAUUACGAAUGUGGUCGAGGAUAGACAUACAGACACAUCUACACACUAUCCAAAUUUGUGUCCGUAUGCACCUGUAUUGGCGUACGUCUGGCAAAACCUUGGUUUCCAGUCCUGUUUAUUGAUCUGAGUAAGUAGGUUUUUUUUUUUAUUCAUGUGUCACCUUUUGUUGCCAGGUGCAAUGGAAGAAUGCCGCAGGUUAAUAUGACUGAGUCAAAAUGUUCAUCAAAAUGUUUUAUGUGUGUGGACUUCACUUGUCCAGUUGUUACUGCAGGUUAGAAUGUUUGUUUUUUUAAGUCUAAUAAAAAGGCAAAAACUCAA